UCUCUCCCAUCUCCCCUCUGAGCUCUACUAGCUGCUAACAUACCUCAUGAUCGUGUUGCGGAAUUAGCGAGUUUCUAUAUUCCCAUAAUUGUAAAAAAUCGAUUCUCAUUCGAGUUCGAUUCGACAUCGCUUUGAGAUUAUCGCAAGUUCUUCAUUGACUAAUGACGAAAUAAUAGAGGUAAUAGGGAUAGGAAAGGAAAAAGAAGAUCCUCUUUAAUUAGACCUCAAACCACCUAUUAUCAAUGCAGUCUCGAAAUCAUCAAUCGAUUGAGAAAAAGUGGAAUUAAAGUUCUUGGAGAUUUUCAAAAUGUUUUCUAGCAAAAACAGGACGAAAUCUACAUUAUUAUCCGGAACCCAUGAUCUCACUGAGUUGUUUACUUUCGAGGUAGCAAUGUACUGGGCCCUAGAAGGUCGACAUGUUUUCUACAUUACACCAACUCCUCUGGAGUCGAUACCAGCGAAAUAUCAUGACAGAAACAGCCUUGUCGUUGAAUCAUUUCAAAUGGUACAAUUUAUGUACCUGAAGGAUUAUGAAGCCUUAAUUAGCGUUCUUGUUGGUUUUCAUUCUCAUCAUAUUCGUCCAGAAGUGCUUUUAAUCGAUAAACUGGAUACCUAUAUCAGACAUCCAAAAGUAACUGGACAAAUGCUGCAUACUCACAUUGCAAAAUUAUGUGCAAUCCUUCACGAUACAAUGAACGCCUGUUCCAACAUGUCGAAAUCUCAAUGGGAAUUUCAUCUGCUGGCUUCAGUUACUCCACAGAACUUGACGAAAUCAUGCUAUCAUUUGUAUUUCGAUCAAAUUUGGAAAUUAGGCCGAGAGAAUCAUAAAUCAUUCCACCUGAUUCGUUCAGGGAAUUCUCUUGAACUUCGAGAAGUGUUUGAAUAUCAGAAAUUCAAUGAUGGGACUUUAAUUUUACAAAAAAUACUGCAAAAACUAGACAAUACUUGACGAUUCAGUAUAGAUUGUUUAAAAUUGCUAUUUUUUCAAUGAAAUUAAUUAUAAGAAUAUAUAAAAUACAUAAUAAAAAUAUGAUAAACACAGACAUGAAAUCUUGGGGCAUAUUUUGUUUAUAAUUUGAUAGCCGUAAAGGCGUGUUGAUGGUAAAAUACAAAGUAAACCAAUAAUUUUUUAUUGCAGUUUUUGCACUUCGUUUUACUAGUGUUCACCGACAGGUGAUUAUGAAUAAAAGCUUGGAAUAAUUAAUUAUCAUAUUUUAGCUUGGUGUCCAACUCUAUCAUGUCUUCUUCUACAUGGUGAUGAAUAUAAUUUCUCAACUAGUUGAUUGAUUUCAAGUAUCAUGAAGAAAGGAGAUUCGGACAAGCUAGUAAAAAGAUUUUCAUAACUUUUUACGAUCAUACUGUAGAUAAUGAAAAAUAUAAUUAAAAAAUUUCUCCAAUGAA